UGAUUGGCUUCCUUGGAAAUGAAUGCAUUAGUAUUCCUGCCGAUAAUAAAAGAUACUCUUCCAGAUCGAAACCUAAACUUUCUAUUUAUGAAAUAAAAUCCAAACCGUGAUCGAAUCCCUGCUGCAGCAACAAUGGGGCAAGCUCCACCAGGCCGCUUGAACGGCCAAGGCUCCCCAGGCGACCGCAAGCAGGACGACAAGAAGGACAAGAAAUUCGAACCAGCGGCUCCGCCCACCCGCGUCGGAAGAAAGCAGAGAAAACAAAAGGGCGCCGAUGCCGCUGCCCGUCUCCCCGUCGUAACACCUCACACGAAAUGCAAGCUCCGUUUGCUCAAGCUCGAGAGAAUUAAAGACUACCUUCUCAUCGAAGAAGAAUUCGUGGCAAACCAGGAGACGCUGAAGCCACAGGAGGAUAAGAACGAGGAGGACAGGUCGAAGGUGGACGAUCUGAGAGGCUCCCCUAUGAGCGUCGGGAAUCUGGAGGAGAUUAUCGACGAGAAUCACGCCAUCGUGUCGUCCUCGGUGGGACCAGAGUAUUAUGUUAAUAUAUUGUCGUUUGUUGAUAAGGAUCAGCUCGAGCCUGGAUGCGCUAUUCUCAUGCACAAUAAGGUCCUUUCUGUCGUCGGCCUUUUGCAGGAUGAUGUCGAUCCAAUGGUAUCUGUAAUGAAGGUGGAGAAGGCACCAUUGGAGUCAUAUGCUGACAUUGGAGGUUUAGAUGCUCAGAUUCAGGAGAUAAAAGAAGCUGUUGAACUUCCUCUUACUCAUCCUGAAUUAUAUGAAGAUAUUGGGAUCAAGCCUCCAAAAGGAGUCAUACUUUAUGGUGAGCCAGGAACAGGCAAAACACUGCUGGCAAAGGCUGUUGCUAACUCAACUUCAGCAACAUUCUUACGUGUUGUUGGAAGUGAACUGAUCCAGAAAUAUUUGGGAGAUGGACCAAAAUUAGUGCGAGAACUGUUUCGUGUGGCUGAUGACCUUUCUCCUUCUAUUGUUUUUAUUGAUGAAAUUGAUGCUGUGGGCACUAAAAGAUAUGAUGCUCAUUCAGGGGGUGAGCGAGAAAUACAGCGAACAAUGCUAGAAUUAUUAAAUCAGCUGGAUGGCUUUGAUGCAAGAGGUGAUGUCAAGGUUAUCUUGGCCACCAACCGAAUUGAAAGUUUAGAUCCUGCUUUACUUCGUCCUGGUAGAAUAGACAGAAAGAUAGAAUUUCCUCUGCCUGAUAUAAAAACAAGGAGGCGAAUAUUCCAGAUACAUACUGCAAGGAUGACACUUGCAGAUGAUGUUAAUCUAGAAGAAUUCGUAAUGACAAAAGAUGAGUUCUCAGGAGCAGAUAUCAAAGCUAUCUGUACUGAGGCGGGGUUACUUGCUUUGAGGGAAAGGCGUAUGAAGGUAACUCAAGCUGAUUUUAAAAAAGCUAAAGAGAAAGUUAUGUUCAAGAAGAAGGAAGGUGUUCCUGAAGGUCUCUACAUGUAAUGCUCUGUAAAAGCAUAUCAGAAUCAGUCAGAUUUGUGAAUGGGAUGGGCAUAUGUUCAGUAAGUAGGCUGAGAUGUUCGACUGAUGAUAUGCACAAUUAUUUGGAGCAUUCAGAUCAUAUGAUUGCCAUGCAUGUGUGGCUUGUGCUCUUCUUUAAUGAACUCAUAUAAUUUCUUUAUAUUGAACCAGCAGGUUCAAAAAUCUGCCAUUUGUUGGGGUCUGUGAAGAAAUAUUAAUUCUUAUUGGUUUUGCAAGCAGGCUGAUUGCCAUAAAGUUCUUUUUUCAAAAAAGGGUAAACUUGAAAGUUGAAGGCUUGCAGGUUGUCUGCUUCUCAACUACAAAUUUAGUUGCCAAGAGCUAUUUGUGAAUGGCUUUUCUGAACGUGGUAUUGGGUAUGUAAUUUAUGGCUCCUCUUGAGAGGUAUGUCUGUUAUUUUAUUGGGGGAUUAAAUAGCAAAAGAAAUGUACUUUAUAAGCCACAUGUGCACAUGUUUGUUUGUUAUUUCAUUGGGAUUAAAUAGCAUAGAAAUGUACUUUAUUAGCCGCAUGUGCGCAUGUUGGAAGACUGUUCUCUCUAACAGAAGGUCGGUUUUUCUCAUUUAUCUCUUGUAUAUACUAUAAAAAUUGUGAUUGCCAGAUAGCAUCUUUGUGUAAUCGUGAAUAAAAUUGAGUGCAAAUGUUGCUUUGUUAUACAA